AUGGACUUGUCGUAUGAAAACCUAUUGACGGUCCUUACAUUAGCCAGUGGCUCCGAAAGAAACGCCGACCAGGGAAAUGCCGAAUCUCAAUUAAAGAAAUGGGAGGUUGUUGCCGGAUAUCACUACUUAUUGCAAGAAGUGUACUUGAACCGAGAAUUACCCCUUCAAAUUAGAUGGUUGGCCAUUAUCUGUUUUAAAAAUGGUAUUGACAAGUACUGGAGAGCUGCUAGACAGUUUGCCAUUUCCAAACAAGAAAAAGCCCAGAUUACAUCACGAGUAAUGCAAUUGUUGAAUGAACAAAAUAACCAAUUGAUGAUCCAGAAUGCCCAUGCCAUUGCUCGGAUUGCCCGGUAUGACUUCCCUAGUGAUUGGCCUAAUUUGUUUGACGAUAUCGCCAAGAAUUUAGAUGAGUUUGUCUUUAAAACUAAUGAUAUAGUGUCCACCAACAACACGUUAAUUAUCUUGAAUCGUAUCAUCAAGACAAUUUCCAUGGUGAGAAUCGGGAGAGCAAAACAUGCAAUGCAAAGUAAAGCACCUAUAGUUGUGAACAUCUUGAUCAAAUUGUACCAAAAGUUUUUCCAAACCUGGACGACUACUUUAGAUUUAACCUUGAUGGAAGUUUGUUAUCUUUGUUUAAAGAACUUGCGUAGAAUAAUUCCAGAAGGAUUUGAUCAACCCCACAAGAACCAAGACGUUUGUGAGUUCUUAGGAGCUACAAUUGACCAUUUGCAAUCGUUGGUUAGUGAACAUGACAAAUACUCUUCGGACUUGUUAGAAAGAUAUGUUAAGUGUUAUAGCAAGUUGUAUGUCACAUUAAUAUCCACCAAUCCAACAAGUUUUGUGUUGUUGCCAUGUUCACAAAGGAUAAUCACCACAUUCCUUCUGUUGUUGGAAGAGAAGGCUGAGUAUAUUUACAACAGUACCGAAGAGAAUGAUUUCUGGGAAGUGUUGGCAUUAAAGGCAUUUUCAAUUUUAAAGAAGAUCAUGGCAUAUAUCUAUAGGAAAGGUGCUGUGACUUUAAAACAAAGAAACGAUAAAGUUGAAGUUACUAAUGCCAUACAAAAGUUGUCUACUGAUGUAUUCACCAAUGAUUUAAUCUUACGCUUAUGUGAUUUGAUUAUAAACUGGUAUCUUCGCUUAAAGCCUUCCGAUUUGGAAAGUUGGCUUUUGGAGCCGGAAGAAUGGUGCAAUGAGGAAUUAUCGACUAGUUGGGAAUACCAAAUACGUCCAUGUGCAGAAAAUUUCUAUCAGGAUUUAAUCAAGUAUUUCCAAGAUGUAUUAUCGGGAUUUGUUUUGAACAAGAUUUCCUCAGGAUUAAUGGAAAACGAUUCUGUGGAUCGUAUUCUCAUUAAGGAUUCCAUACUUUGUACAUUUCAAUUAUCUUCCGGUACUAUUGCGAAUAAUGUCAACUUUGACACCCUUUUACAAGAAGUGUUUAUACCUGAAGGGUUAAAGAAUGACUUAGUGGAAAACAAGAUUUUAAAGAGAAGAAUUUGUUAUAUUAUCAGUGAUUGGGUUGGUGUUCAGUGUAGUCGAGAACUGAGAGUGUCAAUCUACAAAUUGUUGUUAAACUUUUUACAACCAAACAAUCCUAUUAAUGAUGGUGUUGUUAAAAUUGCUGCUAUUCAAACCCUUCGUGCUGUGGUUGACGAUUGGGAUUUCAACAAGCAUGAUUUUCAGCCAUUCUUGAACGAAUUUGUUAAAUUGCUUAUCGAUUUAUCGGGUGAGAUGAGAUUAACCGAACUGAAGUUAUACAUUUUCAACACAUUGGCCGUGUUGGUGGAAAGAUGUAAUCCAUUAGUUGAUUAUCAAACCUUGAUUGAUAUUUUACAAAUUGUGCCAAAGUACUGGGAUUUAAGCACUAGUGAAAACCAGCCAAUUAUUAAAAGUUCGCUUUGUCGUGUAUUAAAGAGUCUUACUGUUUCGUUGAAUGAAAAUUCGGUGGAAACUCAUAGUAUUUCCAUACCGUUGAUUCAAACUUGUUGUGCGGAAACUUCGGAAUUUUACAUCUUGCUUUCAGAAGAUGGAUACGACUUGUGGUUGGCAUUGUUGAAGUAUUGUCCACAAUCUAGAUUGAACAAUCCCGAUAUAAUCAAUCUUUUUGAAAUGAUUCCAAACGGAUUAAGAAACUCCACUGAGAUCUUGCCCACGAUAUUGUCAAUUGUUAGAAGCUAUGCAUUGUAUUCACCGGAAAUUUUCUGUCAAGAUGGAAUUAUAGAGACGUUCAAGAUUAUCGGGGGAUACCUUGACAAAGCCAGGGAUGACAGCUAUGCCAUAUUCAUUGGAUUAAUGGAUAUUUUACUCAUUGAGAAUUCGUUGAAUGAAGCAUUUAUAAAUGGGCUCGUCACGAGUGGAUUAUUCAUAUCCAUGGUAAACUAUGUAUUGCACGAAGAUCAGAGUGCAAUCUUGUCUUCGAGAAUGUACUUGUUGUUUUCAAGGUUAGCCAAGAAUUCGCCAGAGGUGUUUUUAAAGAUUUUGGAAAUCACGUCCGUGGAUCUAGUCAAGUUUUUCAAGAAUUGGGUGGCGCUUUAUAAUCACAAUGGGAACCCCAGGAACCGCAAGAUUAACUUGUUGGGGUUGAUCUCGGUGGUCAGCUUUGGUAUACCCAAGAACAUCCCCAUACUCUAUGAAAUCUUACCGGAGGUGGUUAAAAAGACAUUCUUCUUUUUGGAAGAGAUCAAUGAAGCGGACGAUGGGUCUUGUGAAGCGUACAGAAGUAACUUGCUAUACGAAGACAUUGACGAAUAUUCAUAUUUGGAUCCGGAUAUCAAACCGCAUGGUGAGAAGAUUAGAUAUCAUACAUUGUUAGAAAAGAACGAUCCUGUUUACAACACCAAUCUUGUGCAAUUCUUGAAGAACAACAUUUUACAGUUGAAGUCUCAAUUGCAGGAUUCAGAUUUUAAUCAGAUCAUGGCAUUGAACGACUCAUAUACUUUAGAGCGAUUAAAAGCGUUGAGUUAG